AUGAUCUCGAACAUUCUGUGCUUCGCGUCCGGCUUCGUGAAUGCAUUGGCCAUCAUCGACAUGGGAAUGACGGUCUCCCACCAGACCGGCAACACCAGUCACACUGGACGCUUGAUCAUGAACGGGGGCAUCAAGUUCUUUCACUUGAUGCUUUCCUUCGCCUGCGGAUCCUUCGUGUCUGGCUUUACCAAGUGCGACCAGGAGGCCAUCUACCAGGGGCGCUACUCGCCCAACCUGUUGGCGUCAGCUUUUGCUGUGGUGCUCGGGUGCUUCGUUCAUUACUGCAAGUCUGAGAGCGGCAUCGCCAAUGAUGAUGCAUCCGAGUGCCUCUUCUUGUGGGCCUUCUCGCAGGGCAUUCAGAACGGGAUUACUCGGAGAUGCAGCUCCCUUCCAGUUUGCACCACGCACUUCACCGGCUAUUUGACCGACUUUGGUGUGGGUCUCGGCUUGUGGGCCCGUGCACAGGCAGAUGGCGCCGAGCCGCCCACCCUGCUGAAGGUGUUCCUGUUCGGCUCCGGCAUCUUCUUCUUCGGUCUCGGUGGAGUGGCGGCCAUGGAGACCCACCCUGCGUGGGGCGCCCAGGCAGCUCUGAUCCCAGCUGCCAUCAUGGCGGCCGUGGCUGGUGGCCUCAUCCCUGUGAUCAAGCCGGGCGCCAAGAGCGCUUGA